AAUUGGAUAUACAGUUGAGGCGGGUUUUCCUACUCAAGGGGCGGGUAGCUAGCAGUAGCCCGGUAGUCGCAAAGUUUGCUAGUUAUGUUUCAAGGAUUGGUGAGGAGUUCAGCGUUUGUAGGUCCUUUGUACUUCUGAACAGACGCUUUGGAAAUAAUUUACACUGAAUCCGUAACCAAGACUGGGGUAAAAGAAGUCACAGGAUGAGUGGCAAUGGCAUCCUGUCCCCAGAGUCUACCGUCACAUCGCUGUUGGCCAGAUCUGGACACACCAGGAGCACACAUGACACCUCGCAAACCAUCUGGUUCAAAGACAGAAAUUAUGAGUCUGCGUCAGAGGCUCUGGAUGCCUACAUUGCUGACUUCCAGAUGAGUCAGUUGAAAUCUGGGCAGUCCUCAGGAGGAGAACUGAAGCUUCCGAAGACCCCUGCUGUCACCUCUCGGUUAACCUGCUGCAGGAAGAGAAAUAAAGAUGUGCUGAAAGAGAGCCUGUCUGACAAGGAGCUCAACUUCCUCCAUUUGCCAGUGGGGACUCAGCGGAGAAAUCCCGAUCGCCUGAGCCUGAGCACAGAUGACCUCCUGGUCCUGCCCUGCGAUGGUUCCUUGCCCAUCACCCGCACGUCUGCUCUGCUCUCCCAGUCUGACACACAACUACCAGGACACAGCCUCCGUCCUCAACCUCAUGUCAGAACCCAGCGCUCCAGAAGGACCACAGCAACACCGGUUCACAAGUCUCAUCACAUUAUCAUUCCAUCCAAGCUUGAAUGCAGUUCAGUCGGACAGAGCUACAGUCACUGGUCGUCUUCAGCCAGAACAAAAUUGAGCAGCACCAUGAGGACUCCUUUGAAAAAGCCUGCAGAACUCAAACAAAGGACAGAGAGAGCUAAGACAACUGAGAGGACUAAGGCCAUUCUGCCAGAGAGCACACAGCAGGUUGAUAGCCAACUUGUGAAAACCUCAGCUGCCGACCUGAAUACGCCACACGUCACCUCCAAAGUGUCUUCAGGGCAAGGAUCUCCCGGCAACCACCACUACCCGCGCUGGAUGACCAGUCAGAAAUCCGAGAUGGACUUCUCCGGCGUCACCAGCGUCCCUGACCUGAAGUACCCAGCCUGGCUGCAGGAGUGCGACCCUUCAACUGAGCCCGCCGACGCCACACGGCCUGGGCACCCAGUGCCAUCCUGGGUAGGCGAGCUGGAUGAGUCGAGUCAAGUAACCAGUGAUGACGGGAGGAAAAUGAAAGACUUGACCGGUCAUCAAAGAGUGAUGGCGGGCUUUUCAGAGGCAGCGCACAGUGACCAGACGGAAGUGCUUCUGCAGGGGCUGGAUGGACAGGGGACUCUCAGGGAGCUGAGGCUGCAGUUUGCUGAGCAGCUGGCCUUGGAGGUGGAGAACCAGAAAGAUGCGGACAGCAGCCAGCCUUUUAGAGAUGAUAAGAUUGAGUCUUUGAUCCUGAAGGCUGAGCAGGCUCUGCACUCCCCUUCUCUAGGGAUCAGCUCCCAGCUCCAGCCCCAGCCCCAGCUCCUGCCCCAGCAGAAGAGCAGUCCAGGGGGCACAGAGGAGGUCCUAGAGGAGGACCGCUCAUGGGACAACCCACCCGUCACAUUUAAGUCUCCUGUGCCAGUAGGGGUCAGUUGUACUCCACAGAAGCCUGAAGAGUGUGGUGGCGAUGCCAAAGAAGAGACCUUCUACUCCAGCUCCUCUGGGUACAGCAGCAGGAAGCACCCUGGGCCUGUGGAGGCCCUGAAACAGAUGCUCUUCAGCCUGCAAGCUGUGGAGCAGAGGGUUUCCCUGGACCAGCCGGCUGGAGGAGACACCGGUGCGGACUGUGAAGGCCAGAUACCUCCGCCUCUCCCUCUACCUUUGCCUCUCUCUCAGAAGCACCAAGCACCCACUGAGGAGGUUCCUAAUUUGGAGGUGGAUUACAUCUCUGUGCCUGGUGGGGAGUCACUACAAAGGGCACUUCAUCACUUGGGACGGCUGAAGAACCUGGUGGAUGACAUAAAAGAGAAGAAAGAGAGGGCGCAACAGACUGGCAGACACCUACACGUUACAUGACCCCACUAGAAUGGAGUCUCUGCAGAAACUCAAAUGAGCACAACGCUCCUCCCUAUUGACUGCAAUCAUGCAAUUUGUUGCACUACUAGUUUUCCCCCCUUGACAAUACUUUCUGUGCUGCUCAAAUAUAUGAAAAGCCAGAUUUCAGAAUGCCUUAAUUGCUCCGCAUUGUUUUGUAAGCUGAGUGCACCUGAGUGCUUUCAUACUGACACAAAUGAAAUAUUCUGCAUUCUUUGGAUAUAAAAAGUUUUCAGAAUACCUCAA